GCGGUGGUUAUCUCCAAGAAAACUUCCUGUGAUAUGGCGACCGUGUCGCUACGUAUCAGUAUUCCUGAAGGUCCAGGUGGUGGUGUUAUUAAAACAUUACAAUUCGAUCCAACCACAACUGUAUAUGAUGCCUGCCGACAAAUUAGAGAUAAAAUAUCUGGCGAAUAUAAUCUUGGAGAUGGAAGGGAUUAUGGUUUAUUUUUGGCUGAUGAAGAUGCUAAAAAAGGAGUAUGGCUAGAACCUGGACGUAAUUUAGAAUACUAUAUAUUACGUAAUAAUGAUACAAUUGAAUAUCGUAAAAAACUACGACAAUUACGUGUACGAAUGUUAGAUGGUUCCGUAAAAACAUUAUUAGUUGAUGAUUCACAACCGGUAGCCAAUCUAAUGGUUGUCAUAUGCACAAAAAUUGGUAUCACAAAUCAUGAUGAGUAUUCGUUAGUAUGCGAAGAUGACGAAAAUCAAGAGAAUAUCGAAAAUAAUAAAUCGAACACCGGUACAUUAACAUUACGUCGACGUAAAGAGGAACGAGAGAAAGAGCGUGAUGCAAAAAUGACAAUUUUACGUAAAAAAUUGCGUACCGAUGAUGAAGUGAAUUGGAUUGAUCCAAGUAAAACGUUACGUGAACAAGGUAUUGAUGAAACUGAGACUGUACUAUUACGACGUAAAUAUUUCUUCUCCGAUGGUAACAUCGAUAGUCGAGAUCCAAUACAAUUAAAUCUUUUAUAUGUACAAGCAAGAGAUGCUAUCUUAGAUGGUACGCAUCCUGUAACGCAAGAUAAAGCAUGUGAAUUUGCUGGUAUUCAAGCGCAAAUACAAUUUGGUGAUUAUAAUGAGAAUAGACAUCGUCCUGGAUUCUUAGAUUUAAAAGAAUUCCUACCGCAAUCAUACGUAAAAGUGAAAGGUAUCGAAAAGAAAAUAUUUGCGGAACAUAAAAAACAUUUAGAUGUUUCUGAACUGGAUGCAAAAGUCCUAUACACAAAAACUGCCAGAUCUUUAAAAACUUACGGAGUCACUUUCUUCUUAGUCAAAGAGAAAAUGAAAGGAAAAAAUAAGCUUGUACCACGGCUAUUGGGUGUAACCAAAGAUUCAGUGCUACGAUUAGAUGAAAAAACAAAAGAAAUAUUAAAAACAUGGCCGCUAACAACAGUACGUCGUUGGGGUGCAUCACCAAAUACAUUUACAUUGGAUUUUGGUGAUUACAGUGAUCAAUAUUACAGUGUUCAAACCACUGAAGGUGAACAAAUUCAACAACUUAUCGCUGGAUACAUUGAUAUUAUUUUGAAAAAGAAAAAGGCGAAAGAUCAUUUCGGUAUUGAAGGUGAUGAAGGUUCAACUAUGGUUGAAGAUAGUGUUUCUCCUUUGAAGGCAACAAUUCUUUCACAUCAAGAAUCCAGUAAAAUUGCCAAAAUAAAUCAUGAAUCCGUUGCAAAACCAGCAAUUUAUCGCCCAGGAGCUGAAGGGGCUAGACCUUAUGGUCAUGGACAUGUAGGUGGAGCCCAAUAUACAACCAUCAGUGGACAAGCCCAUAUAGCCCAUUCCCCUCCAAUGGUUCAACAAACAAAAAUUACAAAUGUUUUAUCCGAACCACAAAAAGCUUUGUUAUCCACACUUAUGUCAACCCGUGAAACAUUGGAACAAACUCAGCGAUAUUUAUCGACACCAGCAGAAGCUCCAAACUUAGGACAUGAUCCUGCAAGCAUACAAUGGCGUGAAGUAACAUUGGAUACGAAAAAGCAUAAUGUCACUGCUCAUAUUGCUGCUAUGAAUGCAGCCACUGCUCAAGUAGUGACAUUAACGUCGUGUUCACAAGAUGAAGUUGAUCAUAAUGCCGUUGGAGCAGCAAUUACAACAAUACAAAGCAAUUUACCCGAAAUGACCAAGGAUGUCAAAUUAAUUGCGGCAUUGAUGGAAGAUAAUACAAAUGGCGAAAGGCUAUUGGACGCAACACGAAAAUUAUGCUCGGCUUUCACUGAUCUUUUGAAGGCUGCUGAGCCAGAAACACGUGAACCACGUCAAAACUUAUUGAAUGCAGCAUCACGCGUUGGUGAAGCUAGUCACCAAGUACUAACUACAAUUGGUGAAGAAACUGAAGAGAAUAAAGAAAUGCAAGAUAUGUUAUUAUCAUUGGCUAAAGCUGUGGCAAAUACAACUGCAGCUUUGGUAUUGAAAGCGAAAAAUAUAGCUGCGACAUGCGAAGAUCAACAUACACAAAAUAAAGUUAUUGGUGCUGCGACUCAGUGUGCAUUGGCUACUUCACAAUUAGUUGCCUGCGCUAAAGUUGUUGCAUCCACCGUUCAAAGCCCUGCAUGUCAGGCACAAUUAUUAGCUGCUGUACAAGAAGUAGCUCGUCCUGUUGAAGCAUUGGUUGCUGUUUGUAAUGAAGCUUGUCAAUCGGAACAACUAUUAUCCGAACUUAGUGGUGCAGCCCAAGAAGUUACUCGAACUCUUAAUGAUUUAUUAAAUCAUAUUCAAGUUGGAACACGUGUUCAAGCACAAGAAACCAUUCAAGAGACUAGUAUGGAAACUAUUAUGGUAGCAACCGAUAAACUAUUUGCAUCUUCGGGUGAUACAGCUGAAAUGGUUCGCCAAGCUCGUAUCCUUGGUCAAGCUACCGCAGAAUUAAUUAAUAGUAUUAAAGGUGAAGCUUCAAAACAACCUGAUUCAGAUAUACAAAGACGUCUUUGGGAGGCUGCUAAGAAUUUAGCUGAAGCCACUGCUAGACUUGUUGAAGCUGCAAAACAAUGUGCGAAUACACCAGGUGAUACAAAUCGCCAACAAGAGUUACGUCGUGCAGCAGAACUUCUUCGAGAAGUUACAAGUGUUACAGCUUCUACACCAGCAUUGAAAAAUCGAUUUUUAGAUCGUUUGGAGCAAGUUGCAAAACAAGCCGCGUCAGAUGCGUCUCAAGCAAUUUGUGCAUCGAAAGCAUGUAAACCACCACCAGGAGUACAAGAUUCAUCCACAGCUCAAUGGUUAGCCUUGGAAGAAGAUUGUGCCAGUUUACAAGAUUAUACAACGCGAUUAGUUGAAUCCGUAUCUCGACUUCGCCAUCAACCUGAUUCACCAGCUGCUCAAAUGGCAUUAGUUAGUGCAUCAGAACAAUUUAUUCAACCAGCUUGGCAAUUAGUACAUUCUACGCGAUCGACAUUAACCACAUUACCAACAUCAAAUGCAAACACCUUGGCAGCAAAUGCAGCCUCACAACAAUUAGCUGCCAGUGUGAGUGUACUUGAAUCAAGUUUGGGACGUGCAAAAGCUGCUAUUGUUGGAUCAUCCACAACAAUUACUACAACUAUCACACAAACUGAUAGUCAUCAAAGAGCUUCGAAAACUGGUAGCAAUGAAUGGGGACAAAAACAAUUCGAAGCUGCUAUACAAGCUGUUGAACAAUUACGGCAAGAACUUGAUGAAAUUGAUCAAACUGAGGAUCUUAAACCUUUACCUGGAGAAACGUCGGAAUCAUGCUCCGCAGCUCUAACAUCGGCUGCCAAAUCUAUCCCACAAGGAGCUGCACAACUUUUAAGUGCUGCGGGACAAGGUGCUGUAGGUUACGCAGGACGUGCUGCUUCUGGAAUAAUUGGCUCAUUACGUGAUUUAACUAAUGCUAGUCGUGGAAUUGCUGCUCAACAACCGGAGAUUAAACACAAGGUUAUAAAUUCAGCACAAGAAGUCUUAACACACAGUCAAUACCUAUUCGAAGAAGCACAACAUAGUCUACAAACAAGCGAUGGCAAAUUAAAUCCAAAUUUGGCUGUGAUUGCAAAAGAUAUUUCAGCAUCAUCAAAUCGUUGUCUAAAUAACUUACCAGGUCAACAAGAUGUUGACGAAACGAUUACAUCAAUUUAUGAGAUGACACAAAUUUUAACACUUAACGAAUAUCCACCCACAACUAAAGCUUAUGGUCAAUUACAACAAGAAUUGAACUCUGCUGCAGCCAAUUUGAAUGAUUGUUCCACCGAUGUGGUGACAUCAAUUAAAAGUCCAGUUCAAUUGGCUAAGAGUUCCAAAAAUUACGGUAACGCAUUUGGUGAUCUUUUUGGAUUGUCUAUGGAAAUGGCUGGCCAAACAAAAGAAACUGAAGUACGUAAUCAAAUUGUAAUGUCAUUACGUAAUAUAUCAAUGACAUCUUCGAAAUUAUUACAAACUGCCAAAAUGGUUUCCGUUGAUCCAUCAUCGCCAAAUGCAAAGAAUCAACUGGCGGCUGCCGCACGAGCUGUAACUGACAGCAUUAAUUAUUUAGUUGAUGUUUGUACGUCAGCAGCACCUGGACAAAAAGAAUGCGAUAAUGCUAUACGUAAUAUACAAAGCUUAAAACCUUUGCUUGAUAAUCCAUCUGAACCAAUUAACGAUUUUACAUACUUUGAAUGUUUGGAAACUGUUAUGGAAAAGAGUAAAAGUUUGGGUGAUGGUAUGACUGGAAUUGCUAAUCAUGCUAAGAAGUCAGAACAUGAACAAUUUGGUGAAGCUGUUAAAGGUGUUAGUUCAUCUGUAUGUGGGUUAAUUGAAGCAUCUGUUCAAGCAGCAUAUUUAGUUGGAAUAUCAGACCCUACAAGCGUAGCCGGACGACCUGGUUUGGUUGAUCAAGCACAAUUUGCUCGAGCAUCACAAGCCAUACAAUCAGGCUGUCAAAGUUUGAGUAAUCCAACAUCUACUCAACAACAAGUGUUAACAGCUGCUACAAAUAUUGCUAAACAUACAUCAGCUUUAUGUAACGCAUGUCGUACAGCUAGUUCAAAAACUACCAAUCCUGUAGCAAAACGUCAUUUUGUUCAAUCAGCGAAGGAUGUUGCAAAAUCAACUGCUUCUCUUGUUAAAAAAAUUAAAACAUUGGAUUCAGAUUACUCUGAUAUAAAUCGUGCUCGCUGCGCCGAGGCUACAAAACCAUUAUUAGAAGCUGUUGAAGAUCUAUGUGUGUUUGCUAGUUCCUCAGAAUUUAUUUCAAUUCCAGCGAAGAUUUCUAGCAAAGCACGCCAAAGUCAAGAACCAAUUGUGGAAUCCAGUCGUCGUAUUAUUGAUGGAUCUUGUGCAAUGGUAAAAGCGGCUAAGAGCUUAGCAUUAACACCUCGAGAUCCACCAACAUGGCAAACUUUGGCAAAUCACUCAAAAGAUGUUAGUGAUUCGAUUAAAAAGCUUGUUUCAAGUAUUCGUGAAAAAUCACCAGGACAAAAUGAAUGUGCUCAAGCAAUUGAAUUAUUAUCAUCAUAUCUCCGUUCAUUAGAUGCUGUUUCGUUAUCCACGGUCAGUGGUCAACCAAUCCAACAAAUGGAAAAUGGAUUGAAUGGUCCACAAGAUAAUUUAGCAAGAGCAACAGCUGCCGCUAAUGAAAUUAUUGAUAAUUUAGAAUCAGUACGAAUCGCUGGUCGACAAGAAUCACAAAAUAUUGGACAUACCGUGAAUCAAAUGAUUCAAUAUUUCGAGCCUUUAGUCAAUGGAUGUAUUGGAACAUCAGCGGCGUUGAUUAACUCAAAACAACAAAUUAUGUUGUUGGAUCAAGCAAAAACUGUUACAGAAUCCGCACUACAAUUAUUGUUUGCUGUACGCGAAGCUGGUGGAAAUCCAAAAGCUAUAAAUAUUCAUUCAGAUAUUGAUGAAUUUUCACAGUCGACUCGUGAUGGUCUACGCGAGCUCUUGGGUACUUUGGAACAAUUGUCAACCCAAAGUGGUAUUUACACAAGUGUUAUCGAUACGAUAACACGAGCAAUGUCUCGUUUAACCGAUCAUCGAUUAUCAUUCGUUGGAAAUUUCAAUGAAUCAGAUGGCUAUGUGGAUUAUCAAACUCGUAUGGUACAAAACGCAAAAGAAAUUGCACGAUUGGCUCAAGAAGUCAGUUCCAAAGCAACAACAUCACCAAACGAAACGGGCCCACUAUGUUCAGAACUAUCACGACGCUUUGGUGAUCUUGCUACCGAUACACCUGGAGCUGCAGCUGUUUGUAGUAGCGCUGAAGUAUCACAACGUUUGCGCACUACUGUUUUAGAGCUAGGACACAGUAUAUCCGCUUUAGUUGGCGCUGUAAGUGUGGGUGCAGGACGUGAAGUUGUUGAUGAAGCACGAGUUGUUAAUGAUAAAGUAUCACAAGUACUUGCAACCUUACAAAUGGGAUCACGUGGUACACAAGCGUGCAUUAAUGCCGCAUCUACAGUGUCGGGUAUUAUCGGCGAUUUGGAUACAACAAUUAUGUUUGCUACUGCUGGUACUUUACAACCAGAACAUGCUGGUGAUUCAUUUAGUGAACAUCGUGAGGCAAUAUUGAAAACUGCUAAAGCUUUGGUGGAAGAUACAAAAACACUUGUGGCUGGUGCAGCUUCAUCACAAGAACAACUUGCUGUUGCUGCUCAAAAUGCUGUUACAACUAUUGUUCAAUUGGCUGAAGUUGUUAAAGUUGGUGCUGCAAGCUUAGGACCAACUAGUCCUGACGCACAAGUAAUGCUUAUGAACGCAGUCCGUGAUGUAGCAUCAGCACUUGGUGAAUUAAUUCAUGCUACAAAAGCCGCAUCAGGCAAACCAAUAUCGCAUCCAGCAAUGACACAGUUAAAGGAUAGUGCUAAGGUAAUGGUUACAAAUGUAACAUCGUUACUAAAAACUGUAAAAGCUGUGGAAGAUGAACAUACUCGAGGAACACGUGCUUUGGAAUCAACUGUUGAAGCCAUCAGUCAAGAAAUUCGAGCUUUAUAUUAUCCUGAAGGACAUAAGACAACUGCUACACCCGAAGAAUUGGUACGAUGUACAAAAGCUAUUACAGUUGCGACGGCUAAAGCUGUUGCUGCUGGUAAUAGUAAUAAACAAGAGGAUAUCAUUCAAGCUGCUAAUAUUGGCAGAAAAGCUAUAUCCGACAUGUUAAUUAUUUGCAAGGGAGCUGCCUAUAGUUGUGCUGAAACCGAAGAAUUACGUAACCGUACACUAAAAGCUGGUGCUGAUGUCGCUACACAAUAUAGAGAAUUACUUCAAGCUAUACUUCAAGGUGGUGGUCAAGAUUCUAAACAUUUAUUGCCGCCAAUUUCAAGAAAAAUGGCACAAUGUGUUACGGAUCUUGUGACUGCAGCGGAAUUAUUAAAAGGUAGUGAUUGGGUUGAUCCAGACGAUCCUACUGUUAUUGCUGAGAAUGAGUUACUUGGUGCGGCGGCGUCAAUUGAUGCAGCUGCUAAGAAAUUAGCAAGUUUGCGACCACGAAGAACCAGUAUCAAGGAAGCGGAUGAAUCAUUAAACUUUGAUGAAAUGAUCUUAGAAGCAGCAAAAAGUAUAGCAGCGGCUACAUCUGCUCUUGUAAAAGCCGCUUCAGCGGCACAACGUGAAUUGAUUGAUUCAGGCAAAGUAUCAAAUCGUCCAUUAACAUCAUCAGAUGAUGGUCAAUGGUCUGAAGGAUUAGUGAGUGCUGCACGAUUAGUCGCAGCUGCAACACAUAGUUUAGUCGAAUCAGCAAACGCAUUAGUUCAAGGUAUUGCAUCCGAAGAGAAAUUGAUAUCUUCCGCCAAGCAAGUCGCCAGUUCAACAGCACAAUUGUUAGUCGCAUGUAAAGUAAAAGCUGAUCCAGAUUCAGAAAGUACACGACGCCUACAAAUUGCUGGUAAUGCGGUAAUUCGAUCAACGGAUAAUCUAGUACGCGCUGCCCAACGUGCUAUUGCCACUGAAGAUGAACGAUCGUUAAUAUUAAAUAAACGAUUGGUUGGGGGUAUGACCCAAGAAAUUGACGCAAGAUCCGAAGUAUUAAGAAUUGAACGUCAAUUGGAAGAAGCUCGAUGUAAACUAACAGCAAUACGACAAGCAAAAUAUAAAAUGCGUGGUGGUGGAUUAUCUGGUGAUGAAUCAACGGGUGGAGGUAAUUCCUCAAGUGGAGAAACCGGUGGUGGUGGAACAUUUGAUGGAUAUAAUAAUACAACGCGUUAUUAUGAAUCUUCGAGAACAUUAGAUCGUUCUAAAGAUUCGACAAAUAAAAAUUAUGACAUAUCAUAUGAAAAUACAAAAUAUAGUCAGUUGACUAGUCCUGAAAAAGUGAAUACACUAGAGCGUAAUAAAAAUCGUAGUAAUAAUGUCCUCCAAUCCGAAAUCAAUACAUUAAAUUCAAGUGUGCAUGGAGUUGAUGGACCCAGUUACAGCAGUUACGAUCCAAACACAUCAAGCGACAACAGUUAUACAACCUAUGAAAAAUAUUCAAGUGUAACGUCACCAUUGAAAUCACCAAAAUUUGAUCAUAAUUUUUCACGAUUACCAGAAAGCUAUAAAAAAUAUUCCGAAAGUUUUACAAAAAAUUUAACAUCACCACGUAAAUUUGAAAUCAACAAAAACAUAUCCAGUUCAAUUGACAAUCAAUCCGAUUCCAGUUUACCGAAAUUCAUAUCAGCUACUCCCAAAAAAUUACAAUCGAAUGGUGGUAGUAAAACGGAAGUAACUGAAAAAUAUUUUACAACAAGUACACCAUAUAAAAGUGAAACUACAACACAUAAACAAUUUCAAAAUGGUGGUUCUCAAUCUCAACAACAAUCGUCAGUUUCAACAUAUUCAAAUUAUGAAAUUAUAAAUGAGCCACCGAUAAUUACUGAUAAUGAAACAUUGGAACAACGUAUGUGUAAGAAAUCAGUUACACAGAAAAUUGUUGAAAAACGUACGGUAACUAUGUCUCAAACUAAACAGGAAGGUACUACAUUACGAUCCUUUAAAUUUGAAGAGUAAUUGUUUCAACGCAUAAUGUUUGGCGUUGAUCCAAAAUUAUGUCAAUUAUUGUUUUUAAAAUUCUAAACAAAAUUUUUAUAAAGAAUCUUUGUUCGAUUAAUUGAAUAUUUUUGAAUUGUUGUAAGCGAAAUGUUAAAAUAACGCUUGCUUUCGCAGCGCGGUACCAACCACCGGUUCCCCCAAUAUUUAAUUUCAGUAAUAUCUCUCUAAACUUCCUGUUAGGCACCUCCUGAAAAUUUUAGCCAGUCUUUAGUAGGCAUUUUGAGCUAGAAAAUUUUUGGGGAAGAUUUUAAUUAGGCAUUAGUAGGCUUUUAGAACUUGGUAAUAUUCGGGGAAGGUCCGUCGAAUAAAUUUAUUCGUGGGAUAUCUUGAGACUUCUGAAACUGAUACUAACUUCAGCGUUCUCUUGAUUCUUUAUGUUAUUCUUAAAGAGGAAUGCAAGUCUCAUUAGGUGAUCUUGUUUCAAGAUAAAAAUAUCUCUAAUCCUGUGUUUCUGAUAAAGAUGAUUCUCCAUCAAUCCCGACGAAAGCGUAAUAAACAAAUAAACUUACUUUCACAUUUAUAAUUAUUAUCAGGAUUCCACUGGAAAGGUUUUGCUUACAAAACGUAUCAAAAAUAUUCAAUUUUUACGAAAACAUUAAAACGUAUUUUAUUUGGAAAAAUAAAUUGCGAUAGUAAUAUUUAAUUUAAAAAUGA